GGGAUCAAGUUGAUCGUGAAUCGUCUGAGAAAUGGCCACACGCAUCAGAUCAGCUGGCAGGACGUGCACGGUGAUCGGCGGGUCAGGGUUCUUAGGCCAGCACCUGGUGGAGCAGCUCCUGGAGAAAGGUUACGUGGUCAAGGUGUUUGAUAUUCAGAAGAGAUUUGACAAUGACAGAGUGCAGUUCUUCCUGGGAGACCUGUGCGACAAAGAGGCUUUGCUCCCUGCUUUACGAGGUGUGUCCGUGGCGUUUCAUUGUGCUUCACCAGCUCCUUCAAGUGACAACAAGGAACUGUUUUACAAGGUGAACUUUAUGGGAACCAAAGCAGUCGUCGAAGCCUGCAAAGAAGCUGGAGUGCAGAAACUGGUGUUAACUAGCAGUGCCAGCGUAGUUUUUGAGGGCAGAGACAUAAAAAAUGGAUCAGAAGACCUUCCUUACGCAAAAAAUCCUAUUGACUAUUACACAGAGACGAAGAUCCUGCAGGAGAAGAAUUUCUUCACCACUGCUAUUCGUCCCCAUGGAAUAUUUGGUCCCAGAGACCCCCAGCUGGUUCCCAUCCUCAUCCAAGCAGCUAAGAGUGGCAAAAUGAAGUUCAUGAUUGGGGAUGGAAAGAACUUGGUGGAUUUCACCUAUGUGGAAAACGUGGUCCAUGGGCACAUCCUAGCAGCAGAAAACCUUCACCAAGACUCUCCUCUGUGUGGGAAGGCAUUUCAUAUCACAAACGAUGAACCAGUUCCUUUCUGGGCUUUCAUGUCCCGUAUCUUGACUGGCUUGAACUACGAUCCCCCCAAGUACCGUGUUCCCUACUGGCUGGCGUAUUACCUGGCCCUGCUCGUGUCUCUGGUGCUGCGGCUGCUCAGCCCUCUGGUCACCAUCAAGCCCACUCUCACCCCUAUGCGGGUGGCGUUAGCUGGAACGUUUCACUAUUACAGCUGUGAACGGGCCAAAAGAGUCAUGGGCUACAAACCGGUGGUGAGCUUGGAUGAAGCAAUAGACAGGACUCUGCAGAGCUACCCCCACCUACGCCAGGCUAAAGCCUGAGAAGUUUAGAUGGAUUUUUUUCUGCUUGUUUUCAUAAUUGCUUUGACAUCUUAUCAGGAACAUUGAAGCAAAUUGUACCAGUUCUCUGGAACAGGGAGUUUUCCUGAAGUCCUUCCUCCUCCUCACCAUUAUCA